GUAGAUAUGCAGAGAUUGAAGAAAGUUUUGAAUGAUAAUAAUGAAAAGAGAGUUUAAGCAUAAUUAUAAAAGUUAUUUGUACAGAAAAAAAGCAAAUUUAAUUUUUUGCGCAAAAUAAUUUAGAGAUGUUAUAAUUAAAUUACGUAUAUAUGUUAAAAUCUCUGAAAAAGAUUCGAGAAGGCUUUGAAGAUUAAACAGAAGAAAUUAUUUCAUUAUGAAAUGAUUUGUCAAAUUCUUUCGUUACCGUGAAACUAGAGAAUUAUCGAUCUAACAAGAAAUACCUUCGUAGAUUGUUCCUUAAUGUGACGUACAACGGUUUAAUUCGUUUAUAACCGGCAUCUGAUUGAUAGCAAUGCAACGGGCUAGAAGGAAAAAAAGCAAAAGUAAAAAAAAGAAAGUGAAAAAGAAAUGUAUCGACGAAAGGGAGACCCUGUCUUACGAACAAGAGAUCUUAGAUAACAACAGACAGUUGGCACGAUUGAGAAGUCGAAAUGAAGAACUGGAGGAACAAGCAGAACUUGCAAAAGAGAAGUUCCGGCAGUUGGAAGAAGAUCGCUCGGAUGUAAUCGCACAUUUAAAAAGAAGUCUAGAAGAAAAAAUCGAAGAGUCAAAGGAGCUUUCUGAAAGACUCACCGCUUUAGAAGAGUUACGAAAAGAUGAACUGGCUGCUUAUAAGAAAAAGGAAGAGGCGAUGGAUAACGAAUAUCGCACGAUGGAGAAUAAUUUGAGCGCAGAAGUUAAACUAGCUGCUGGUAAAUUAAAUGCACUGGAAGAUUGGCGAUUAGCUCGACUUGAUCUGUUACAAAAAUUCGAGAAACAAGAACAGGAAAUGGCUGAACAGGAAAAGCGACAUAAGGAAGAACUUUACGAAGCUGAGAAGUCUGUGGUAGUCGGAAAAUCAGUGAUGCAGAAAGAGAUGAAAGAACAUUUGCAAAUUUUAUCGGAGAGACUUCUGAAGGCGGUCACAUUGCGGAUAACGGAAGUCAUGAAUCGUGCAAUUCAUGAAAACGUGGCAUUGAAUCGAGAUCUUGAUAAAUUGCUGAAAACCAACAGAGAGCUCGAUGCCAUCAACAUCGAAAGCAAGAAAACGGAACAAACGUUAAGGCUGAAAUGCGAAUUGUUCGAAACCGAGACGCAGAUAAUAUUGAAUAAAACGCUGAAACAAAGGCAUGCGAUUCAUCAAGUCGUCGAGGAAUAUGAAUCGUUGAUUAUGUAUUAUGGACAAGUACAGAGAAGUAAUGUUCGUCUGAAGCAAUUGCAAAGUAUCUUAGAAAAUAUAAUUAAACGAAAAGAUGCACUCCUAGAUAAGGAAAUGAAACAAUACGAAAAAAAUAUCUUGAUGGCUAGAAAUGAAAAUAAACGAUUAGUGAAAUUAAUUCAGAACAAAGAAAAAGAAUUGGAUGCACUUAAAACUAUUUUGAAUACUGCUACCACAUUUCUUAACGAAGCUUUGCAGGUCACAGAAAAAGCUUAUAAUAACCAACAAUGCCUUGGAAAAAUGGCACCAAAAUUAUUGCAGUCUCUCAUGGAAAUAUUGCAAACUGAGACCAUUAUUAGUGCUGUAGAUUACUCACCAUCAGAGAUUGAUAAUAUUGAUUGUAAAUACACAUUGGGAUGUUUGGGACUUAUUGAACCCAUUAAAGAAGGAAAGGUUGCUAAAAAAGAAAAGAAUGAUAUUCAAGAAGAAGUACAAGAAGGAGAAUCAUUGAAAGACUUGGAAUGUAUACCAUCUUGCUUAUUGAGUGAUAUUAGUUCUAGUGUUUGCUCUCCUAAAGAAUAACCAAUUUUGUAUUGUAUAUUUUAGUUGUGGUAAUUGUUAUAUUGCCACAUAUAUUAAAUAACACAAAAAUUAUAUUUGUAGAAUAAUAUUUUCAUUCGCAAUAUUUAUGAUUUUAAAACAAUAUUAACAUUUUAUUUAUAUUGGUAAUUUAAAAAAGAUGCACAAUAAUAUUUCCGUUUUUUAAAUAGAAUUAAAAUUUAAACAGAAUUAAAAGCAAUGCAUUUUAUUCGUUAUACAAUCGGGCAUAUUUCAUUUACGAGACACUUAAUGUCAAAAGUUUGUACAAUGUACAUAUACAUAGGUUUUUUGAUUGAAAUACUCUUUAAAUUUUAUAGUCAUAUAGAAAAAUAUAAUAAAAAUAAAUCAAGCUA